AUGUUUAUUGAAAUACAACGAAUUAAAGAAGAAGCAGAUGGAUUUCGAAAAAGUCGUGAUUCAAUUUUUGAUCAUGAAAAACAAUUAAGUCUUGCUUUACAAGAAAUUAAACAAUUACAAAUUGCAUUACACCAAGCAGAAGAACAUGCUCAACAGCAAUCAUAUGAACCACCAAAUGAAUUAAUUGAUUUACUUAAACGUACUUAUUAA